ACGAUUUUAUAUAUUAAACUUGAGAUGUUGGUGGGAAACCAACCAUGAAUUUCUAAGCUGAAGCGAACCUAUCGACUAACCCAUCUCACAAAACAAAGACCCAACACAACUUGCUCUUCAAUUCAACCCCACAAAAUGUCUGCGUACUUUCCUCACCCACCACCACCAAUUCUCUCCUUCACAGAGAUGUCCACUUCCAUCUCCGAACUCCGCCAAGCCCAUGCCCACAUCCUCAAAACCGCCCUCUUCCAUCACCCCUUCGCCGCCAGCCGCCUCAUCGCCACCGCCGCCACCACCACCAACUCUCUCUCUUAUGCUCACUCCAUCUUCACUCGUAUCCCAAAUCCCAACUCAUAUAUCUACAACACUAUGAUUCGUGCCUAUGCCAACAGUCCCACCCCUGAAUUCGCACUCGUUCUCUACCACCAAAUGCUGAACGACCAUGUCGUUGUCCCUGAUAAUUACACUUUCACUUUUGUUGUCAAGGCUUGUGCGAGUCUUCGUGGGUUGGAAGAAGGGAAACAGGUUCAUUGUCAUCUGAUCAAGGUUGGAAUUGGGUCGGAUGUGUUUGUGACUAAUACUUUGAUUCAUAUGUAUGCGAAUUGUGGCUACUUUAAAAUUGCUCGUGGGUUGCUCGAUAGAAUGCCUGAGAGGGAUGUUAUAUCGUGGAAUGCAAUUUUGAGUGCGUACGUGGAGAUGGGUUUGGUGGAUUUGGCACGUGGGUUGUUUGACGAAAUGCUGGAGAGAAAUGUGGAGUCUUGGAAUUUUAUGAUUUCGGGGUAUGUGAGUGUUGGGUCAGUUCAAGAAGCUAGGAGUGUUUUUGAUGAGAUGCCAAUGAAAAAUGUUGUUUCGUGGAAUGCAAUGAUCACCGGUUAUGCUCAUGCUAAUUGUUUUGGAGACGUUUUGACGCUUUUUGAAAAAAUGCAAAAUGCAAACAUUAAGCCAGAUAAUUUCACGCUCGUCAAUGUGUUAUCUGCCUGUGGCCGUGUUGGAGCUUUGAGCCAAGGCAAAUGGGUUCAUGCCUAUGUUGAUAAGAAUGAAAUUGAUGUUGAUGGUUUCCUAGCUACUGCUCUUGUGGACAUGUAUUCAAAAUGUGGGUGUAUUGAGAAAGCUUUAGAAGUCUUCCAUAAUACUUCGAGGAAGGAUAUCAGUACAUGGAAUUCAAUAAUUGCAGGACUAAGCAUCCAUGGCAUUGGAGAACAUGCAUUACAGAUUUUCUCUGAAAUGCUAGUGGACGGUUUUGAGCCCAACGAGGUUACCUUUGUGAGUGUUCUAUCAGCUUGCAGUCGAGCUGGUCUGUUAAAAGAGGGACGUAAAAUGUUUGAUCUCAUGGUUUCUGUUCAUGGAAUUCAACCAACCAUCGAGCACUAUGGUUGUAUGGUAGACUUACUUGGUCGUUUUGGAUUAUUAAAAGAGGCUGAGGAGCUCAUGAGAACGAUGCCAAUAAAAGAAGCUCCCGUGGUUUGGGAGACUCUUUUGGGUGCCUGUAGAAAUCAUGGUAAUGUUGAAAUGGCAGAGCGGAUAGCGAGGAAGCUCUUAGAAUUGGAUCCUCAAGACAGUUCCGCUUAUGUUCAGUUGUCAAAUGUUCAUGCAUCGAUGGGAAGAUGGAAUGACGUUAUGGAGGCAAGAAAAAAAAUGAGGGCACAAGGAAUAAGGAAAGAGCCUGGUUGUAGCAUGAUUGAGGUGGAUGGGAUUGUUCACGAGUUCUUAGCUGGGGAAGGAAUGCAUUCCUAAAUAGGCUUGAUUUAUAGAAAGGUGGAUAAAAUCAAUUUACAUCAUAAACCUAUUCAGUUCUUCUACUUGCACAGAAACCAAUCAAAGGACCAAACUUUCUGUGUUCAUGGACUUUUUCAAACUAAUGUUGAAUCAUUGAGAGCUGAGACAUUUAAGACUUCUCAAAUGGGUAUUGGGACUAUAUUUCUUGGAAGCAAUGAGAGGCCGACUGUGCUUCUCCCAGUUCUUGGCGGCCAUGCCAGUUGGAUCAAGGCCUAGUGAAGGCAAUGUGGACAGUGGAAUAGAGCACUCAUAAGAACAUCCAGCUACAUUUUGGGAAGAAAAAGUUCUGACAUUGUGAGUAGAGACAAAUAUGAAUCUUGUUCAUAGGUAUUAAGGUCAGAUUAACUGCAAUUGGCAACAUUGAAAUCUAAAAACCUUGGAUCAUGUCUGCUUGUUUAUAAAGAGGGUUGCAUGUAUUGUAAGUAUUUGAUGUUUCAACAUAUUAUUUGGUGCACUGAAAUUUGACAUGGAACUUUGUUACA